AUGCACCGCGUGAGCGACCAGCUGAGCGACCGGCUGCCGUACCGCAGCGGGUUCCGCGAGGAGAAGGACCCGCACGAGAUCUCGCGCGCAUACGGCAGCGGCGAUGUUGCGCGCUACUGCUGGCUCUUGUCGCCGGACGAGCCGCUCGACGACGCAGCGCGCAUCGAUGCCAUGCGCCAGCUCGCCGAGCUGCUCUCGUCGCCUGAGAACAAGGUCAAGGCCAUCGCGGCAGGCGUCGUGCCGUCCUGUGGCCGCCUCCUCACACUGCCGAAUCCGCGCGUCAAGGCGCACGCCGCCAACGUCGUUGCAGCACUCGCUUGGGACUUUGAAGGAGCCACAGCGCUGCACGCCGACCCGACAUUGCUCUUCAACUUGAACCAUCUCUUGAGCGAAGACGACGAGCCGUGCGUCGAGGCGGCGCUGGACGCGAUUGUCAACCUCACGAGCGCAAAAGAAGGCAUUGGCAGCGUGCUCGGGCGCGCGUACAUGCCCGAGAAACUCGUGGCCAUGGCGUCCGACGAGAGCACGCCGCUGUCGCCGCGCGCCACCGACCUCCUCUUCCAUGCGUUUGCCAACUUGACCAAGGCUGCCCACGGCGCCGAGGUGUGUACGACGUACCACAUCGUGCCAGCGCUGCUGCGCGUCGUCAAGAAGCCGCUGCACUACGCGCUGCCCGUGCUCCGCAGCGCCAUUUUGACGCUCUGGAAUCUCGCCACUCACAACUAUGGCAAAAUCGAAGCGAUAGGCUCGAACGCGGUCGAGCUCUGCACCAAAGUGCUAAUCGCGCUCCAGGCCGGCGCGAUCCCGUGCAAGGACAAGCCCGACCUCCAGCGCUGCUUGGCGGGGACGCUCAUGGCGCUUGCGACCGCCGAGGAGGCCAAGCCCAAGCUGCUCGCCGUGGCCGUCGCGCCGCUCGUGGCCUGCUUGAGCGAGCCUGCCGCCGCCGCGAACGCAGCCCAGGCACUCAACUACAUGGCCGAGGCACCGGACGGGCUGCUGCCGAGCGUGACGCUCUUGCUCGAUGACUCGGAGACGCUGCUGCGCGUCUUUGCGCUGCGUGCGAUCCCCGCGCUCACGACGCUGCUCGCCCAGCAAAUGCGCCCGGGCCUCGUCCUCGCCGCAUUCCAGCGCCUCCAGCUGCUUGAAGACAGCAUCAGCGCGAUGACGCAGUCGUUGCACCUCUACGAACACCUCGCACGUCUCUGCAUGCCGAACGACGACGCGCCCGAUCUCAGCAUCCUUGCGACACGCGUGCUCCACGUCGCCGCCCAACACGGACCACGGACCGCAACCCGCAUCGAGCGUGCGUUUGCGACCUGCGGCAUUGACGACCCGUCACUCCUCGCAGCGGUGCUCGAGCACGUGUCGAUGUAG